AUCCGACACACACACACGUCAGAUCGGCGGCAUUCGAGAGGCGGCGAAGGUUGUGUCUGCAGACUUCUUGCUCAAUCGACUCGACACCGCACCCGAAAGCAUGGCCGAGCCGCCCAAGAAGCCACCUGCGCUUUUCACCGACAUUGGCUGGGAAGAGGACGAUGCUCAUGGCGAGGUCAACGCCGACGAAGAGGCCUGGAGUGCUGUGCGCGAGGAGGAGCAAACGAGCGAACUUCGCGAUCCAGCCGAGAUCAUGUUUUCAAAACCGAGUGGCAAUGUUCGAAGAAACCUGUUUGCGACGUACCAUGGCCAGGACGGCGACGACGACGGGGAUGCAAAUCAGGCCGGGGCCCUGCAUUCCGACCCCUCAAGCCCACUCCCCAUCAACUCGUCGCCGCUGAGAAACGCACAAAGCAGCCGGCCUGGGGCCCCCGUUCCCAGCGACCUCGACAGCUCCUUCUCCCUGACCAACUUCCCCGUCGUCCGCCCCCUGUUUGGAUCCCCAAACCAACAAAGCCAACUGAGUCAGCGAUCGACACAGCGAACACGCUCGGGACUCGACGGCGACUCCAGCGACGAUGAUGAGGUUUUGACCGCGGGCCAUCCGUCGGACUCGGACUCUGAUGCGGAAAUGCUGACGCUAGCGCCGACACUCUCAUCGCUACACGGAGCCCAAUCUGCAGAGGAGACAACGAGGCUGACGAACAUGGGCAGGCGGACUACUACAGUCGUACCAAAGCCAGCCAGCAGGGUUCUGCUGACGAUGGACUCGGACUCCGAGCCUGAGACCGAAGCCAACCCCGUGGCAGGCGAGCAGGGGAUCCUUGGGCGAGACUUGAUACCAGCAGAGCGUACAGCGCCAACACUAAUCGGACCCGGCCCCGAUGUCGGUGUGAGCCGAAAUGCCGCCGGAAAUAGCAUCGAUCGCCAAGCUGAGCUGUACCGAACUGGGACUGGGGCUACCGGAAGCCUAUCCACGCAGCGACUGAUGAGCUCGGACGAUGACUCUGAUCCCGAGCUGCGGGAGGAAGAGCAGCGACGACUCCUUGAGAAGCGCCUGGGCAAGCGCCGAUUGGAAGACAGCUCAACUGCAUUUCUCCAACAGCACCAUGCGCGCAGCGGCCCACAGAGGAGCACCGCCGAGUCCCCAAGCCAACCCCAUCUGUCGCAGCUUUCACACACACCACUCGACUCCCUUGACGAAGUCCUGACGUAUCCAGGCGGUGAAUCGGAUCAAGAGAGCCCGGCGCCGUCGGCGUAUCCGCUUCGUGCGAAGAAGACCUCCAGGUCUUCAAAGGAAACAGGGCCUCUGGUCCCUUCCCCCACCACAACGAAAACCAAACCUUCGGCUGUCUCGACGGUCAAAGACUACCGGAUCGUCCCCGACUCGGCCGGUGUUCACUUGGCAGUCUCAUCGGGCGGAACGCGGAUGUACUUUGCGUUCGGUGCGGAUGUUCGACGACAGGCAAAGAUCUCUGAAUUGGUCACCUCCGAACGCUCGAAUCCAACAAGCAAAGGCCUCCUUGGCGUCGACAUCGCGCGACUGAUGAGCGAGUGCGAAAAAGAAAAGGAGCUCGAAGCAAUUGGAUAUAAUGAGCGAGCCCAAGUCACCACAGCAGAAGUUAUGGCCCGCAAUCCGGAACCGAAACAGGACCCAGGUGUGUCACACGACAAAGCGAAGCAUCGGCACGACCUCUUUGUCAACAAGUACUCGCCACGGACCUAUAUCGACCUUGUCGGAGACGAGUCGAUCAAUCGUGAAGUGCUGAUAUGGGUCAAGGAGUGGGAGUAUUGUGUGUUUGGCAAAUCAUCGAGAAGCACUGCCCAUCAACUCUCGAAGACCCGCAAGCGCACAGGCGAUGGUGGCAACGAAAUGGCCAACACCGAUCCUCUGCAUCGCCCCUCCAAGCGAAUUCUUAUGCUCUCAGGCCCACCGGGAUUCGGCAAGACAACCCUUGCUAAUGUCGUGGCAACCCACUGCGGAUACAACGUGAUCGAAAUCAACGCCAGCGACGACCGCACCGGGGACAUGCUAUCGAGGAAGCUCAAGGGUGCACUCGAAUCGCAUUCCAUCAGCGGAUCUAGGCCAAACUUGAUUAUUAUUGACGAGAUUGACGGCGCGAGCGCAUCGGGCGCUGGUGAUCAGAACUUUAUCAAAGUCCUGACCGAUCUGGUCAACUCAGACAGCAAGGCCCCCGCCGACGGAGAUGGCUCCGCAGCGGAUAAAGGAAAGAAAAAGAAGGGCACUGGUCUCCUGCGACCCAUCAUCUGCAUUUGCAACGACCCGUAUGCCCCGGUCCUCCGAAAUCUGCGUAUGAUCGCACACAUGGUCAACUUCCAGAAACCGGCAAUGAAGCUCCUGGCCAAGCGCAUCUACGACAUUUGCCGAUACGAGGGGAUCCAGACGGACCUGCGGGCCUCCAUGGCGCUCUGCGAAAUGACCGAGGGCGAUAUUCGCAGCUCGCUGAAUACGAUUCAAUUCAUCCAGAAAAAGUUCUCGGUCAUGAACAUGGAUACGCUGAAAACGGUCGACGUUGGUCACAAAGAUAUGCAGCGCUCGCUAUUCCGAGUGUGGGAUGACGUCUUCACCAUCACGAGCGCCUCGAAGCGAUCCAGUUUAGGGCGCCGGCCCGAUCACGACUCGGCCGUGCGAGUCGAUCCAAAAGCCGAGGACCUGUCGAAUCGCUUCAUCUCGCGGAUCUUUGCGCUUGUCCAUGCCAGCGGAGAGUAUGACAAGGUCAUGAUGGGCUGCUUCCAUAACUAUCCCCGCAUGAACGUGUUCGACACCACAAGCACCCUCAACAGCGGCGCGCCCUCAAAGAUCGAGCAGGCUCUGGACUGGAUGUACUUUUAUGAUCAAGUCCAUCGUCGCGUCCAGCACCACCAGUACGACUUUGCGGCGUACUACCCGUCCGUCAUCGCAACCUUCCAUCGGCUAUUUUCGACGACCUUGCCGCCAGCGAUCGAAUACCCACGGCGAGAGCUCGAGAAUCUCCAAAAGACGGCGGGCUUGCAGAACAUCUCGCAGUCAUUCCUCCACAGCAUGUCGUCAGGAAGCCGGCGGCGCUGGACCAACGAACCCAUGGUCAUCAUGGAGUUGCUGCCCUUCUUGUUGCGCAUCGUCUCGCCAGAGAUGCGGCAAGGAAACGUGCAGCUUCUCAAGGCCGAGGAGAAGGCAGUCCUGGACCGCCUGGUGGACAUCAUGAUCGACUUUGGCCUCCAGUUCCGCCAGCAGAAGCGCUCUGACGAGGCAGCAUACAGCUAUCGCUUGGAUCCGCCGAUCGAUACUUUCAUCCAGUCAUUUUCGAAUGGCUCGGUUGGAUUCGACAGCAUUGCGGCGCCAAAGAAUAUUUUACCGUGGCCAUACGCCAUCAAGCAAAUGAUCGCUCAGGAGAUCGAAAAAGAGCGACUGAUCCGGACAGAGCUCCACACUCGCGAACGAGCGGGCACUGCAGCACCCGCAGUCGACGAAAGGGGGAUCACUGGUGGCAAGCGAGUCGUUGCUGGGUCGUCAAGUGCAAAGUUUGGUUCUCCAACCAAGUCAAGAGCAGCGCACGCCCCGGCGGGGCUCAAGUCGCCCAAGUUGGUCCCCAAGAAGCUCGACAUUGAGUCAGAGGCUGUUGCGAGAGACUUUUUCGGCCGGCCGAUUCUGGUGGAUCAGAAGAAGCAGGAGAAAGAGAAUGCGGCAGCAAAUGCGGAUCCCAAGCCCCAGGUUACCUACAAGUUCAACGAAGGAUUCUCGAAUGCUGUGCGGAAACCCUUGCUGAUGAGUCAGCUGCUCGGAUGAUGGUCUUGUCGGCACGCAAUCAGGCGGUGGCCGCAGCGAUCGACAUCGGAGCCGGUGCUCUCCGGCUUUGGGACGCUUUGGACAGUAUGAAGGCUCAGUGCACAGAUUAUAUUGGAAUUCGAAGGAUGUUGUCAAA